CUGAAUUAGAUGUUGCGUUCAGGUUAUGUAGGUGCAUGGUAGGAGGUAUACCUGCAAGACAGUGCGUGUGAAUUUUAUGUUUGAUUGUUUAUUUUCACAAUAACGAUGGAGUGUAUAGUAGCAAAUGUGGACAACAUGCAGUUUGACAUUGAAACUGCUCUCGACGAACAGUAUGGGGCUCUUCCGUUACCCUUCACUGGAAUGGACAAGUCGAUUGCUGCAGUGUGUCAGUUUUAUCCGAGAGGCACUUGCGUUAAGGGAGCUUCGUGCCCAUUCAGACAUGUCCGUGGUGACCGCACGAUAGUAUGCAAACAUUGGUUGAGAGGUCUUUGUAAAAAGGGCGAUCAGUGUGAAUUUCUACACGAAUAUGACAUGACAAAAAUGCCAGAAUGUUAUUUUUACUCUAGAUUCAAUGCAUGCCACAAUAAGGAAUGUCCAUUUUUACACAUUGAUCCUGAGACUAAGGUCAGAGAUUGUCCGUGGUACGACCGUGGUUUCUGCAGGCAUGGUCCUUUGUGUCGACAUCGUCACGUCAGACGUGUUCUUUGUAUGGCUUAUUUAGCUGGUUUCUGCCCAGAAGGGUCAAAUUGCAAGUUUAUGCAUCCAAGAUUCGAAUUGCCAGCAGUACAGGACAUGCAACCAAAGGAAGGUAAAAAGGUGAUGAUCACAUGUCACUUCUGCGGCGAAGGUGGUCACAAGGCAAUCUACUGCAACAAAAUGCCGCCAGAUGUACGAGAGGCUCAAGUCAGGCAAGAGAUUGAAAAUAAUUCUCAUACGUCGCAUCAUCAUAUGCACAACGGACCGCCGCCUCCGCGAGGCCCGCAGAAGCCUCUGGAGGAAGUAACAUGUUAUAAGUGUGGCCAAAAGGGCCAUUAUGCCAACAAGUGUCCGAAGGGACACUUGGCUUUCCUGAGUCACGCAGGUGGCACAGGUGGCGGACAGAAUCCAAAUUACCGAAGAUGAUUCUUCUUGUUUUUUUAUCAGAAUAAUACGGACAUCAUGACGAUAUAUUCUGUUUCACUACUAUGUUAUUAAUUGUAAAAAUUUCCUUACACUUCGUACAAUAAAUUAAGUUUGUUGUAUCUAA